AUGAAGAUUUUUGUAUGGAUAUUGUGUGUCUUGUUUAUGUACUUUAGUAAAACAAAUUCUACUAAAUUGGAGGAGUUGAAUAUUCCUCCGGAACAUAUUCCUUAUGUAUUAAAUUUAUUUCCUAAUUUAGCAGACUCCUGUGAGACUAGUCCAGAUUGUGCAUAUAAAUCUUUAAUAGGUAGUAGAGAUUGUUGGGGAUAUGAAUCAUCCUGUAAUAAAAGCAAUUCGUACCACGUUAGACCCAGAUGCCCAGGUGAUCAUAGAGGUUGGGUAAAAACAAAAGAAGCUCAGUACGAUACUUUUUAUACCCAAGCAGAUUUUGGUUAUAUCAAGGAGCAAAUUCAAGAAUUGAUGGUAAUGUGUGAAGCAACUUAUCCUCAUGACAGUUCCCUUGAAUGUUCUAAAUACUUAAGAUUUUGUAGGGGUCGUAAUAUAAUGGUUAAUUUCACAAGUUUAGUUGGCAGAGGUGAUAAUCUCAGAUAUAAGACGGAUAUUCUAGGUCCUGGUCAAUUAGGUGGAUAUUGCCAAUUUUAUAAAGAAAGGUUAAUAAAAGAGGCAGAGCAUAUGAGUGCGUUGCAAUCUUGGGCACCUGAAUUUGUAAAUUUUAUUAGAACUUCAAAAAGGCCCAUUGUAGAUGGGAUGUGUGAUCUUGUUAUAGAAAAGCCAACAUAUAUAAUGAAAUUAGAUGCAACAGUAAACAUGUAUCAUCAUUUUUGUGAUUUUUUCAACUUAUAUGCAACAUUACAUAUUAAUUCUACACAUCCAUCAACAUUUGGAAGAGACAAUCAUAUUCUUAUCUGGGAAACUUUUACAUAUCAUUCAGCAUUUAAAGAUGCUUUUAAAGCAUUUACAAUAAAUCCCAUAUGGGAUCUGAAGGAAUUCAGAGGAAAAGUUGUCUGUUUCAAAAAUGUUGUAUUUCCCCUUCUCCCACGAAUGAUAUUUGGUUUAUAUUAUAACACUCCAUUGAUUUAUGGUUGUGAAAGAAGUGGCUUAUUCCAUGCCUUUUCUAAGCACAUGCUGCAUUCAUUAAAUGUGAAAUUGCAUCUAAGGGCUAAUGAUAAAGUAAGAGUUACAUUACUUUCAAGAGGAACUACAUACCGUACCAUACAAAAUGAACAGGAAAUUGUUGAGGCACUGUUGAAGAACAAAAAGUAUCAUGUACAAAGGGUUGUAUAUGAUAGAACAGUGCCUUUUACCGAACAGUUGGAAUUAACAUACAAUACUGAUGUCUUUAUUGGAAUGCAUGGAGCUGGCUUGACUCAUUUGUUAUUUUUACCAGACUGGGCAGCUGUUUUUGAAGUAUAUAAUUGCGAAGAUCCUAAUUGCUAUUCAGAUUUAGCUAGACUUCGAGGUUUAAAGUAUGUGACGUGGGAAGAUAAAGCAAAGCUAGUACAACAAGAUCAGGGAAACGGCCCUGGAGGAGUAUCUCACGCAAAGUUUACAAACUAUUCAUUUGACGUGAAGGAAUUUUUGAGGUUGGUAGAGAUUUGUGCAUCUUAUGUGCGUCAGCGACAGGAUUUCAGGAAUUUCAUUGAGGCCUCAACAGUGAAAAAAUCACACGAAGAGCUU